ACAUCAACAACGCAUUCAAGCAAGUCGCAAAGCGAAGAACAGAUUAAGAACAGAUUAAAAAUAAUCGGGACGAGCGCGAUUGGGACUUGUAGCCGCACACAAAUCUAAAACCAACCUCGGGGAAGCAGCGGACUUUGGUUCCAACUAAACUAAAACCUCUGUUGCUCCACAUUCAAGCGCGAAGCAGAUCGAGAGACUACGGUUGUUUGAUCUGGGUAGAGAACAUCGUUGAUUGAGAUUUAUUUUGUGGGUUCAGGGAAUUUUGAGAUUUCUGAUUUGUUUGGUUGGAAAGAAGAGGUGGUUGAUUGAACACGUUUGCGAUUCUCCCAAGCGUUUACUCGAGAGAUCAAGACCGCGACCACGAUCGCUUUCUCUUCUGCGCGAGCGAUUGAGUCUGAACCAAAUACAUCACGAAUCAGAAAACAAAAAAAGAGAGAAUCUGCAGAAAGAAGAAAACAGAGAUGGACAACGUGAUCCCGCUCGAAGCGUGGUUCUUUGAAGUUCCGCCCGUGACUCGGUACUGGACUACGUUAUCGGUCCUGACGUCGGUGCUGGUGCAGUGCGACGUGUUGUCGCCUUAUCAGCUGUAUUUCUCGUUUAGUACCGCGGUUGGGAAGCAGCAGUAUUGGCGAUUUGUUACGACGUUUUUAUAUUUCGGUCCGUUGUCGCUUGACUUUGUAUUCCACAUCUUCUUCAUGUCCCGAUACUCUCGCAUGCUGGAAGAAACCUUCUUCCGCAACAACACAUUCGACUUCCUCUGGCUCCUGCUCUACUCCUCCAUCUCCCUCCUCCUCCUCUCCCCCUUCGCCUCCCUCCUCUUCCUCGGCUCCCCCCUCAGCUUCAGCCUAGUCUACAUCUGGGCCCGCCGCAACCCCGCCGUCCGGCUCUCCUUCCUCGGCCUCUUCGUCUUCUCCGCGCCGUACCUGCCCUGGCUCCUCUUUGGCUUCUCGCUCGUGCUCAAUAACGCGCUGCCGAUGGGCGAUCUGCUCGGUAUCGCGGUCGGACAUGUCUACUUCUUUUUCGAAGACGUGUUUCCGAGACUGUAUGGUGGAGUCAGACCGUUGUCGCCGCCGUGGAGGUGGAAUUAUAGAGCGCUGCUGUGGCGGUAGGCCGCACCCUCGUUCUCAAAAUUUGUUUAUAUCAGGUUACGACUGUCUACGCAUGGGGAAAAGAUGUAGAUAGGUAAAAUAAAAUUAAAGUACAAAAAUUUU